CAUUAAAGUUUAUUUCUCGUUUUCCGUUAAAGGGCACACCAUUUCGGAGAUUGCGCACUUCUCCCUCGCUCGCAUCCUUACUUCGACCCCCCACCAUCAUCACCAACCCGCAAUUUCACCCUCGCCUUCGCUCCCCACCUCCACCGUUCUCUCUUCCUCAAGCGCUCGUGGAGGAAUUUGUGAAUUGCGCGGAGGCCCAGUAGAGUUAUUGCAAAAGGGGCAGGCGGAAACCCUGGGUUUUGUUUUGGGGGCAAUGGAGGUGGAGGAGUCCUCGCCGUCGUCGCCGUUGUCUUCGCCGUCCUCAUCCCCUUCGUCCGACUCCAUCGACCUCAACUUCCUGCCCUUCCUGAAGAGGGAGCCCAAGUCGGAGCCGGCUUCCCCGGAGCAUGAUCCUCUUCCGCCUCCGCCUCCGCCUCCGCCUCCGCCGCAGGCCGCGGCUGCAGUCGCGGUUGCUUAUGUCGACCCUACACCGGCAACGCCGGACCUGUCUUCGCCGGCGGUGAUGACGCCGCUGCAGUCGCUGCCGCCAAACCCUGACGAGGACGCACUCUUCGCGGAGUACUGCCGGCUCGCGAGCCUCUACCUGCUAUCGGCGGGGGCAGGGGCGAUCGUGCAAGCGCCGACUCCGGAGGCCGCGGCGCCGGCGGUCGUGCAGCCUGGGUCGGGUUCCGCUGUGAAGAAGCGCCGGCCACGGUCGUCAGAGUUGGUGCGGGUGUCCUCGCUGGGCAUGCGGGAUCAGAUCUAUUUCCGUGAUGUGGUGCGCCGGGCGCGCAUCACAUUUGAGUCGCUGCGUGGGCUGCUGCUCAAGGACGACGAGCGGGCGGAGGCUCUCGGGCUUCCAGGCGUCGUCGGGCUUGGGUCAACGGACCGGCGCCGCGUCCGCGCGGACCUGCGGGCCGCAGCUCUCAUGGCCGACCGAGACCUGUGGCUCAACCGUGACCGGCGAAUUGUGGGACCAAUCCCUGGGAUAUCUGUAGGGGACGCCUUCUUCUUUCGCAUGGAGCUAUGUGUUCUGGGUAUCCAUGGCCAGGUGCAGGCCGGAAUCGACUACCUCACUGCUGGCCGGUCUGCCUCAGGGGAGCCUAUAGCCACAUCUAUCAUUGUGUCUGGUGGGUAUGAAGAUGAUGAUGACCGUGGUGAUAUACUGGUGUACACCGGCCAUGGUGGCCGCGACCCCAACCUUCACAAGCAUUGCGUCGACCAGAAGCUUGAGGGUGGUAACCUUGCCCUCGAGCGCAGCAUGGCCUAUGGUAUUGAGAUUCGCGUAAUCCGAGCAGUCAAGUCUAAGCGCAGUCCUGUGGGAAAGGUCUACUUCUAUGAUGGCCUCUACAAGGUUGUUGACUUCUGGCUCGAUCGCGGCAAAGCUGGCUUUGGUGUUUACAAGUAUAAAAUGAUACGCAUUGAUGGGCAGGAUGCCAUGGGCUCUGUGAAUUAUCGUGUAGCUGAACGGCUUAAGGUGGAUGCGUUAUCUAUGCGACCAACUGGAUAUUUGAGCUUUGAUAUUUCAAUGGGCCGAGAGAGCAUGCCUGUUGCACUAUAUAACGAUGUUGAUGAUGAUAAGGACCCGCUCUUAUAUGAGUAUCUGGCAAGGCCAAUAUUCCCAUCCUCUGCAGUCCAAGGGAAGUUUGCUGAGGGGGGUGGUGGGUGUGAGUGCAUCGAGAAUUGCUCCAUCGGGUGUUAUUGUGCACAAAGGAACGGCGGUGAGUUUGCGUAUGAUAAAGCUGGUGUUCUUCUACGGGGUAAACCACUGGUCUACGAGUGUGGUCCGUAUUGCCGAUGCCCACCUAGCUGCCCAAACAGGGUUAGUCAGAAGGGACUUAAAAAUAGGCUUGAGGUGUUCCGGUCAAGGGAGACUGGGUGGGGUGUUCGGUCUUUGGAUCUUAUUAAAGCUGGCGCUUUCAUUUGUGAGUUCAGUGGGAUUGUGCUUACUCAUCAGCAGUCAGAGAUAGUGGCUGUCAAUGGUGAUUGCUUGGUGCAUCCAAACAGGUUCCCUCCAAGGUGGUUAGAUUGGGGUGAUAUCUCUGAUGUGUAUCCUGGGUAUGUGCCGCCGAACCAUCCUGCCAUUGCUGACCUGAACUUUUCAAUUGAUGUGUCAAGGGCAAGGAAUGUGGCUUGUUAUUUCAGCCAUAGCUGCAGUCCAAAUGUUUUUAUCCAGUUUGUGCUGUUUGACCAUUACAACAUGUCAUAUCCCCACCUCAUGAUCUUUGCCCUGGAGAACAUUCCACCAUUGAGAGAGCUAAGCAUCGACUACGGAAUGAUUGAUGAAUGGGUUGGAAAGUUAACUAUGUAGUCAGAGUAUCUUCUAGAUGGCAAUACCCUUUCUAUUUUUUUCCCUUUUCACGAUGUUUUCGAAAUGCUGUUCUCGGGGAUCGUUGAGGAGGUUGCUGCUAGAAGUUCCUAUGCUGAUACCUAUUUAGUUGUACUCCUUACAAUGGCCUAGGAAGCUAGCAAUCUUUGAUAUACAACACGUAUCAUAACUGCGACCGAUGUGUAAGAUAAAUAGUUGAAUCAAGUGGCUGAUAUGCUGUAGAUCUAAUAACGGUGAACUACACACGAGCUGACACGCGUUCCCAUGAAGUCAGUUUCAGCUCACUGUUGUCGAUUGGGCAUCAGCCAUUUGUUGUAUAUUUUGUGUGGCAACCUUAGCUGUUACUCCUGAAGCUCGAUUUUUUUUGCUGCUGCACGAUGCUUUACAAGGCAGACGCUGCAGAGCUGGGUUUCGAGCUUUAGUCGACUUUUUACUCGCAUGGCUGCCGAACUUUGUAUGUACAUAUAUCUGUAAAGAAAUCUGUAAAUUAUCUAGCUUCCAGAUGUACUCCCUUGUGUUGCUAAAUGCUGGUGCCUUCAUAAGUUCCCAGCCUUCAGACAACCAGUAGCCCAGAGGGUUUGCAAUGUAUAGGCCGUACAGCCAAGUUGUUUGCCGUUGCCAGGGUCCUGUGGAUUUUGUUUUUAUUUUUGAAAGGAGGGUCCUGUGGAUUUUGGCGGUGUU